AUGAGUUUCGGCAUAAGUAUAGGUGAUCUGAUUAAGCUGGGCGAGAUUGCCGCACGGGUGUACAAGAACUGUCGUGAUUGCACAGGAGACUACAAAUUCUUGACAGCCGAGGCGCGCAGUCUCACGAAUCUGCUUGAUGACGUCCGAGACAAGUUUGAAAAGAUACCACCACAUAAGCAUAAACAGCUUAUCGAUGCCUACGAGCGAUGUAUCGAUGUGUUAUUUGAACUUGAUAAGCUGAUUGUGCACUACAACAAUCUUGACACGAAGAGUAGGAGAGCAUGGGACCGACUGAAAUGGGACCCAGAGAUUUCGCGAAGUCUGCGGGAACGCCUUGCAUCAAGUGUCGCGAUGCUCAACAGUUUCUACACCUCAUUAAUCCACGAUAACCAGGUGUUAAUACUUGAGGCUUUGGAGCGGCUAGAAAGUGAUUACAAAGGCGGCUAUCGUGAAGAGAGCAUUGCAUCAAUCGAGCGGAUCACGUCUUACACCGGUCAACGAGAAGGAGGCGACGAGAACGACGAAGACGAUGACACAGCUUGGUUCCAGAUCAUCCGCGACCUUGAGGACGCUGGUGUAUCUCAUCAAGUUGCGCUGAUGUAUCGCGACCUCGUAGUGGAUUGGUUCAUCAAGGCCGUCAACGAGGGUAGACUUCUGGAAGAACGCAAAGAACCUGAAUGCCUCAGCUCACGACGGACCUCAAAAGUCACCUCCGAUAUGGACUUGUUAUCGACAUCAUUCGCUGCAGGUACUUUGAGCUCCGAACAUGAGCACGAUACAGAGGACCAGUCUACGGCCAAUCCAGCAUUUGACACUCCUCUACAAAGGACGGACUUAUCGAAUGCGCCAGAACUCUUGCACGUCUUAUCCCCUCCUCCCAAUGAGACGUCGAAUACGUUUCCAUGUGAGCUGGAGCCUAUGCAACUAUUGUCACCAUCCGCCCAAGCUCCUGAAGCUCUCUUGGAUAUAGCCCCUCAAAACAAUAUACCGGAGCUUGUACUGAUACCAGCUUCAGAAGCACCGGAACUACUGCAGUCCCUAGCUUCAUCUGAUCUGAACUGGGGAGCCCAGCAGAUUUUAGCUGCGUGGACGAAGCGCGAUUUUGUCGCUGCAGCAAGCCUGCUUGAAGAGCAGCUUACGUCUGUUGAACAUGGAGCUCUUACAUCUACAGGGCUACAGCCCGAUCGACGGAUAUUGAGACACUGCAUUGGUGUUUGCGCAUCGUUUUGUGGCAAACUUACCAAAGCAAAGUACUUCUUUGAGAGUGCUUUCAACGGUAUCUACUUGAGUAAACAUCUUGAUGAUGGUGAUAUCUCGGCAGCUCGCUGGCUGGGUGAUGUUUGUCUCCAGUUAGGCGAAUUCCACAAUGCCGUGCUAGCUUGGAGCGUUGCGCUGGAAGGCUCAAUCCAACGGUACGGUCUCUUACAUGAUUGCACACGACACAUUGCACAAGAAGUGCAUAAGAUGGACGAGUGGUUGUCUGUCUUCAGCAACAUCGACAGUCAGUUUCUCGCGAAUGUUGAUCCGACUGAUGUAUUCUCCAACACGCAUGCGUUAGAAAAAAGCGGUCUGGUCCGCGCAACUCGUGUCAAGCUAUACGAAUUGCAGCCCAGAUGGGGUCAAAACAAAGGCCACCGCCCGGCAGCUUUUCUCAGACCUCGUCCUCGAGUAGACUGGAUCCCGGGAGAGGCUUUCUUGACUGGGCCGCUCGUGUCGUUGGGUGCAUGGCCUUUACCGUGGGACUCAACGUUCUCUCCUAUGGCCGUUUUUCAGACGGAAUGGUACACGAGGUUUGCACCGCCGUCGACAGCAUUAGUGAGACGUAGUCUUCGCACGAACUCACUUGGGGACUCAAAAAAACUUGACUUUGUCACCAAGGGUGAUAGCACCUGGCUGAUCCAGACCGCCAAGGCUGCCUUGAGAGAGCUUGGUAUGGAGCAUGCCGAGCAUCCUGAUGAAAACGCCAUCGUGUGUCGCCUGGAUAGGGAACGUGAAGGAUUUUCCUGUUCCGAGGGCAUCUUCAUCAGCUUCUGGAAGUUGCAAUUUCGAAACGUCUUUGCUUUGAAAAUCUCGAGCGUGAAAUGGUCCACGAGGAAGCCACCUCUGAUCAACAAACCCCAGGCCCUGACCGACUUCGAACUUCCAGAUGACACAGUCGAGUUCAAAAACGCGUUCAAAGCGCUGUUAGAAGUUGCGGAGGCUGGGUCAAAUUACAAAGCGCCGAUUGGUGACAGGGCCAGUGUGCAGUCUAGCACACGAUCAUGGGCGUCUUGGGCCGCCUCGAGAAAGACCUCAGCUUCAACUUGA